CAGGACAUCUUUAUCAAGAAGCAUGGAGUUGGGGAAAGGAAAGCUGCUCAGGACAGGACUAAAUGCCUUAUAUCAAGCCGUCCACCCCAUCCACGGCCUUGCCUGGACUGAUGGGAAACAGGUGAUGCUGACUGACGUACAGCUUCACGGUGGAGAGGUCAAGCUUGGGAACUCAAAGGCUGUGGGACAGUUUGAGCAUGUGGCGGGAGUGUCCUGGGCUCCUGGGACCAACGCCAACACCUCCACCCUGCUCUCUGUCCAGCACGAGAAGCAUGUGAGUGUGUGGCAGCUGAGCUCCAAGUCUGCGGAGAAAAGCAAGUGGCUGAUGUCCCAGGCGUGCGAGAUCAGAGCCGCGCUCCCCAUCCUCCCGCAGGGCUGUGUGUGGCACCCCCACAGUGCCAUCCUGACCGUGUUGACAGCGCAGGACAUCUCCGUCUUCCAUAACGUUCACCGUGACAGUUCCUGCAUUAAAGCGGAUAUCAGCACCCCGGGCCUCAUUCACUGUGCGUGCUGGACCCAGGACGGGCAGAGGCUGGUGGUGGCAGUAGGCAGUGGUCUGCACUCCUACAUCUGGGACGGCGCUCAGAAGACUCUCCUUGCGUGCUCCUUCUGUCCCAUGUUUGAUGUGGACAGCGCCGUGUGCUGCAUUAGGGCCACUGUGGACUCACAGGUCGUAUUAGCCACCGAGCUCCCACUUUGCAAGCUUUGUGGCUUACGUGCAUCUGAGUCCUUAGACAUACGACCUAGCUCUGAAGACACUUACCUCUCCACACUGUCAGAUCCUGAAGGGACGCCUUCUACAGAGAGGGAGACACCUGCCUGUGGAACAGAGUCUGAAACCUACCUUUCUCCUGCGUCUUCCUUCUCAGAUCCUGUGGAUCUAACUCAUAUACACGCCAAAAAGUCUAGGUCUGAGGCCAGUUCUCUUAUUUUUCUGAGAGAAAAUGAUGGCUUGAUGGGAACAGGCCUAGAUUCUUCACAUUUGGUCCUUGUGACCUUUGAGAAGGAUGCUACUAGAGCCAGGAAAGCUACUGUCCCGGGCAUUCUGGUGCCCGAUCUAAUUGCGUUUAAUCCCAAGGCACAGCUAGUGGCGGUGGCUUCCAAUACUUACAACCUAAUUUUGAUCUAUUCUGUCAUUCCAUCUUUUAUGCCAAAUAUCCAGAAAAUUCAGUUAGAGAGUAGCGAAAAACCCAAAGGCAUAUGUUUCUUGACAGAGAAGUGGUUAUUAAUUUUGGUAGGGAAGCAAAAUGCCACUGAUGCAACUUUUCUUCCUUCCUCAAAGUCUGAACAGUAUGUCUUUCAUUUGAUGGUUCAAGAAGUGAAGUUGGAAGAAUUUUCGGCUGCACUGAGUGGAAGCCAGAAUCCUGCCAGUAUGCUUUUAAAGACAGCAGAUGGAGAGCAGCAAAACCUUCCUCCAGAUUUUCGUCACCAAAAUAGAGCACUCUUACUAACAGCUGAUCAAAGUGGAAAGCUUGGAAAUACCCUCAUUAAAGAAAUCAAAAGCCCCCCAGCUGGCAUCUGUGAUGACUCCACAGUCCUAGAAAUGCGGGAUGCUCAGCCCGAUUACCAGCCAGUAAUACUCCCCCGGUCCACCAGCACCCCGGCCCGAAUCAGCCCUCUGGAACCACCCAAUCUGCCUCAAAUAAAGACUGUACAAAGGGUGAAGGAAAGUUCCCAGCUCUCUAACGAACUGGACUUGCUCUCAAGGAAGCUGACUGAGGUACAGCAGUGCCUUUCUGAGCUCACAGGAUUCCUGCACAGUGGAAAGCAGGCAUCUCCCGUGUAUCCUCACUUUCAAGAUCUGCCCUAUGUCCACAUCACUUACCAGAAACCGUAUAAUGUAGGUUCUGUUCCCGAAAAGAGGACCGUGCUUCUCUGCAAUGGCAAGUUACGGCUCAGCACAGUCCAGCAAACUUUUGGCCUCUCCCUGAUAGAAAUGCUGCACGACUCCCACUGGAUCCUGCUGUUUGCCGACACCGAAGGCUUCAUUCCAGUAACUUUCACAGCCACGCAGGAAAUAAUCAUAAGGGACGGCAGCCUCCAGGUCAAGAGCAUUCCAGGACACUUGGUCUUGGAGUCAUAAACCUGGUCAUUUCCCAGAAGUUUUCAGAGACUUUUGUGCCCAAAGAAAAGUUGGAUACCACAAGGGUUUCCAACUCAUUAUUGCGGGUGUUUAUUUGUAGGGCACUCGGAGUCUAGCUUUUCAGGCGAAAUCACUUCCAACAAGAGCCUCAUUUCACUGAAGAUUCUCCACAACUCUGAUUUGCACUCAGGCAGAGUACUAGCCAGGAUCACCAUGGCCAUUUCCUCCAGUCCAGACUCUCGCUCAGCCUUUGCUAAAUGACUCAGAGUGGCAGUUUAUGUACUCAUGAUGUGGUUUGGUCUCAGGGCAGCACUCCUAAAGCAAACGAAUAUGGUACCAUAUUGGCCUUGUUUUAUAUUAUUUUGGUCUAAAUAAAACUAUUAAAGCUGU